AUUUAACAUGUAAUAUGUUGUCAGCCCAAAAUCAAACAUAUAAUAUAUUUCCAGCACAUUACAAUAGUCUUAAAAUUUUAGCUCAGCUUCAAAUUAUGUCGUAAAAUCGUUUGACAUGGAGUCCGCCGGCCCGCCACCUGUUUCCAACCCAUCUUUUGAGCCAAGCAAGCCACCAGUAGCGCCUAAGCCACUAAAGGAACCGACCAGAAAGCAGCUUCGCCGACAGGAGAAGCGCAAGCAGCGGCUUCUGGAUACCCAACAUGUUCUUUAUGCCAAGCACUUUUCCAAUUACCGCCUGCCUGUUGUCCAGUCACAAAAACGACUUACUCUUCAGGAGUCGACUAUAACGCCGGAAGUCACUGAACGUCGUCCACCGAUCUUUAAGCAGAAAAGCAACAAAUCACCCUGGGCCAGAUUUCGAAUGGUGCAGUGCCCUUGCCACAAAUGUUCACACAUGCUGGACGCUCAGAGUUGGCUAUCCCACUAUCUGGAGGUGCAUCGCCACAUUCCCUUCGUGGAGCUAAAACAACCUCUUUCGCAGCAUCCUCUGCGAACCACUUGCAAUGUGGCACAUCUGAUUCGAGAUGCACCUGCACUACUAGGCGUGUUUGGCUAUCAGCGUGAGGGCUUAAAUCCCCAAACCUGUGCACGCAACACCUUCCUUCCAAAUGAGUAUCGUCAAUAUUCGCAGCAUGGCGUCCUUCUCCUCUUUGCCUGUCGCACUAUGAACGCUCUACCGGGAUGCAGCAAGCAGGCGAGGGAGGUGCUGGUCUUGUGGGUUGCCACGUCACUGCAGGGUGUUUCCAUAUCACUUCGCGGCCUGGUGCAGGUGGCUAACUCCUCACGGUAUUAUGCGAAGCGCUUCAAGGCCCGACCACUGCAAGCGGAGACGCAGACCUGCCGCGAUCUCAUAAAAAACGAUAGCAACUGCAUGCUCAUCAGCUUAGAGGAUUUGGCGAACAUGGUGAAUGUGGGCCGGCAGGGACAGGAAUUUAGCAUUCAGGUGCACAUAACGAGCGAGAAAAAGCAAUAGAUUGGUCAAAUAAAGUUCACAUAUGUAUAAAUA